AUGGCGUCCCUGGGGCAGAUCAUCUUCUGGAGCAUUAUUGGCAUCAUCAUUGUGUUGGCUGGAGCAAUUGCCCUUAUCAUCGGUUUUGGUAUUUCAGGCACACACUCCAUCUCAGUCACGACUCUCACCUCGGCUGGGAACAUCGGGGAGGAUGGAAUCCUGAGCUGCACUUUCGAACCUGACAUCAAGCUUUCUGAUAUCGUGAUACAGUGGCUAAAGGAAGGUGUUAUGGGCUUGGUCCACGAGUUCAAAGAAGGCAAAGAUGACUUGUCAGACCAGAAUGAGAUGUUCAGAGGCCGGACAGCAGUGUUUGCUGAUCAAGUGAGAGUUGGCAAUGCUUCUCUGAGGCUGAAAAAUGUGCAACUCACAGAUGCUGGCACCUAUACAUGUUACAUCAUCACUUCCAAAGGCAGGGGGAAUGCUAACCUUGAGUAUAAAACUGGAGCCUUCAGCAUCCCAGAGAUGGAUGUGGACUAUAAUGCCAGCUCAGAGAGCUUUCGAUGUGAGGCUCCCCGAUGGUUCCCCCAGCCUACAGUGGUCUGGACAUCCCAAGUUGACCGAAGAACCAACUUCUCAGAAGUCUCCAAUACCAGCUUUGAGCUGGAUUCUGAGAAUGUGACCAUGAAGGUUAUAUCUGUACUCUACAAUGUCACAGUCAACAACACAUACUCCUGUAUGAUUGAGAACAACAUUGCCAAAGCCACGGGGGACAUCAAAGUGACAGACUCUGAGAUUAGAAGGCGGAGUCACCUAGAGCUGCUGGACUCCAAGGCCUCCCCGUGUGUCCCUUCUUUCUUUGCCAUCGGCUGGGUACUCCUACCUCUCUCCUCUUACCUGGUCCUAAAGUAG